AUGAAUCUUCUGGGAAGCUGUAUCAAGAGGGGGCAGACUGGCUGUCACAGAGGUGGUCUGGCUGGGCCAUGUCAGGUCCUGCUCCUGGCCUGCUGUAUCCUGGUAGUCCUGGGGGCCAAGCCAAAGACACCUGGCCACAAACACCUCAACUCCAUCCGCAUAGAUGGGGAUAUCUCUCUUGGUGGCCUCUUCCCGGUACACGCCAGAGGCAACGAUGGUAAAGCCUGUGGGGAGCUGAAGAAGGAGAAGGGGAUCCACAGACUGGAGGCCAUGCUGUUUGCACUGGACCGCAUCAACAACGACCAUGAGCUGCUGCCCAACAUCACUCUGGGUGCCAGGAUCCUGGAUACCUGUUCUCGGGACACCCACGCCCUGGAGCAGUCGCUCACCUUCGUCCAAGCGCUCAUCGAGAAGGACGGGACGGACAUCAAGUGCCUGAGCGGCGGGCCGCCCAUCAUCACCAAGCCUGAGAGGGUGGUGGGUGUCAUCGGGGCCUCCGCCAGCUCUGUGUCAAUCAUGGUUGCCAAUAUCCUGCGGCUCUUCAGGAUCCCCCAGGUGAGCUAUGCCUCCACGGCUCCGGAGCUGAGUGAUAACACGCGCUACGACUUCUUCUCCCGAGUCGUGCCCCCGGACACCUACCAGGCACAGGCCAUGGUGGAUAUAGUUAAAGCCAUGCGCUGGAACUAUGUCUCCACAGUAGCAUCAGAGGGUAACUAUGGAGAAAGCGGUGUGGAUGCCUUCAUACAGAAAUCCCGCGAAGAGGGAGGUGUGUGCAUCUCUCAGUCAGUGAAGAUACCACGAGAACCUAAGCCUGGAGAGUUUGACAAGAUCAUCCGCAGACUGUCAGAGAACCCCAAUGCACGGGUUGUUAUUCUCUUUGCCAAUGAAGAUGACAUUAGGCGGCUUCUUCAAGCAGCUAAGAAGGACAACCAGACAGGACAUUUCAUAUGGGUGGGUUCAGACAGCUGGGGGUCUAAGAUCUCCCCCAUACUCAACCAGGAGGAGAUGGCAGAAGGUGCUGUUACCAUCCUACCUAAACGGCAGUCCAUCCGAGGGUUUGAUCGCUACUUUAUCAGCAGAACUUUGGACAACAACAGAAGGAAUAUUUGGUUUGCAGAGUUCUGGGAAAACAACUUUCAGUGCAAACUCAGUCGACAUGCUCUGAAGAAAGGAUCCGGCAUCAAAAAGUGCACAAACCACGAGCGGAUCAGGAAGGACUCGUCCUAUGAGCAGGAGGGAAAGGUCCAGUUUGUGGUCGACGCAGUCUACGCCAUGGCUCAUGCCCUGCACAACAUGCAUAAGGAGCUCUGUCCAGGCAAAGUGGGCCUCUGCUCCAAAAUGGAAACCAUCAAUGGAACCAUGUUGCUUAAGUUCAUUCGCAAAGUCAACUUUACAGGAAUUGCUGGCACUCCAGUGAUCUUCAAUGUGAACGGAGAUGCCCCUGGUCGCUAUGAGAUUUACCAGUACCAGAUGAAACACAACACCACAGAGUAUAAGAUCAUCGGCCACUGGGCAGACCAGCUCCAUUUAGAUACUAAGGAGAUGUGGUGGCCUGGUGGGACACUCCAGGUACCCCAGUCUAUCUGCAGCCAGCCAUGUUGUCCUGGGGAGAGGAAGAAAACAGUCAAAGGUGUCCCCUGCUGUUGGCACUGUGAGCGCUGUGAUGGCUACCAGUACCAGGCUGACACAUACAGCUGUAAGAUGUGCCGCUUUGACCUGCGGCCCAAUGAGAACCACACGGCCUGUGAAGCCAUCCCCAUCGUCAAGCUGGAGUGGAGUUCCCCUUGGGCUGUCAUCCCUGUACUCAUUGCUGUGCUGGGCAUCAUGGCCACCAUGUUUGUGGUGGGCACCUUCAUCCGCUACAACGACACGCCCAUCGUGAAGGCGUCAGGGCGCGAACUCAGCUAUGUGCUGCUGACGGGCAUCUUUCUGUGCUACGCCACCACCUUCCUCAUGAUCGCUGCCCCUGACAUUGGCAUCUGCUCCCUGCGACGGAUCUUCCUUGGUCUGGGGAUGAGUAUUAGCUAUGCAGCGCUGCUCACUAAGACCAACCGUAUCUAUCGCAUCUUUGAGCAGGGGAAGAUGUCAGUGAGCGCCCCCAGGUUCAUCUCCCCGGCCUCCCAGCUGGUCAUCACCUUCAGCCUGAUCUCAGUUCAGCUCCUGGGGGUGUGUAUCUGGUUUGGUGUGGACCCGUCUCAGGCUAUCAUCGACUAUGAGGACCAACGCACAUCCAACCCGGACAUGGCCCGUGGCGUGCUCAAAUGUGACAUCUCAGACCUUUCUCUGAUCUGCCUGCUUGGCUUCAGCAUGCUGCUCAUGGUCACCUGUACGGUGUAUGCCAUCAAGACCCGGGGGGUGCCAGAGACCUUCAACGAGGCCAAGCCCAUCGGCUUCACCAUGUACACCACCUGUAUCGUGUGGCUAGCCUUCAUACCCAUCUUCUUUGGGACCUCGCAGUCAACUGAAAAGAUGUACAUCCAGACCACGACUUUGACCAUCUCUGUGAGCCUGAGUGCCUCUGUGUCUCUGGGAAUGCUCUACAUGCCAAAGGUCUACGUGGUCCUCUUCCACCCGGAGCAGAAUGUGCCCAAUCGCAAGCGCAGCCUCAAGGCUGUGGUCACUGCAGCCACCAUGUCCAACAAGUUCCCCACCAAGGGUGGCCUCCGUCCCAACGGAGAGGCCAAGUCUGAGCUGUGUGAAAGCCUGGAGACACAAGCAUUGGCCUCCAAGCAGACAUACAUCAGCUACAGUAACCAUGCCAUCUAAGAGACAGGCAGUGGAACUCCGGCUUGGAAGAAUAGCAAGGACCUGCCCGUGGGUUGAACAAACACCAAAAACUGGAGCACCAAGAUGAAAGAGCAGUGGCAAAGGUGGAGAAAUGAGAAUGAGAAUAAUCACUCAACAUACAGCACUGAUGUCAUUAUUUUCAAGAGGACAAGACAAGGCAACUAUAUUGAAUGCCAAACAAAAGCAGUGCGGGGAGGGGAAGUGGGGAUGUCAGGUAGACAGUGAUGUCUCCCCUCCCCAUCCUCCUUGUGACAUGUCAGAUACACCAGGCAAUUACAUUUCCAAAUUCAGUCAGAGCCAAUGACUUCAAUUCAGUGUUUUCCUUCUGGAGUUUAUAUAACAGCAUUUCUCUUCUGGUGUUUUGUCUGAAGCUGACUAACACCCUCUUCGGUAAGAGUGAAUUGAGUUUUCUCUUUGUGUGCAGCAGUGUUGUGUCUCUCGCUACCAGUAGUAAUGUGCAAUUAUUUGCCUCCCUUUCUUCUCUGUCCUUUCCAAUGCGGGUGAAAUGCUGAACAUAAUAUCAAAUUAGUCAAAGCUGUCAAAAGUAGAUGAAAAGUGUGUUGUUGGUGUGGGGUAAGUCUUCAUUCAAGGCCAAAAUAAACAAAUAUUAAUCCUCAGGCUCUGUAACAUUAACAUUAUGUUGCCAUCAUUUUAAUGAAGGUCAUAGUUGUGAAACAAAGCCAACAAGUAUGCAUCUUUCCAACAUUUAACAUGUAUAAAUAUUCAGUGUUUCAGCAGGGGUCCAAUAAGUGUUUUCUUAAC